AUGGGCACGGUACUGAGCUUUAGCCCCCGGGAGCGUCGGCCCAUCUACUCGACGCAUCAUCACAGCGCCGGCACGCUGUCGUCCUCGAACUCGGCCGACUUUCCGCUCAACAACUACUCGUACGAGCAGCUGAACAAUGCGAAAAACCGCGAGAGCACGCAGUCGAAACCGCCGAACUUGAUACAAACGGUGCCUAACAACAACAACAAUAAUAACAACAACAACAACAACCACGGGCUGAACAUCAGCAAGGACGACUGCAAGAACAACAACAACGGUGGUGGCGGUGGUGGUGGUGGUGGUGGUGGUGGCGGUGUCGGCGGUGGUUCCCAUGGCAACAACAAUGGCGGCCCGGGUAACAACAUGGGCGGCCACAACAAUAACCAUAGCAACACGACCACCAGCAACAACCUGCUGCUGCUGCAGCAGACGCACCAGAACAACAUCAUCACCGGCGGGGCGAACAUCAACAACAUCAACAACAACAUCAGCGGGGGCAACAACCACAGCAGCAACCUGAACGGCAACAGCAUACAGGAGCGGAACAACCACAGCAACAAUGCGGACAGCGCGCGCAUCCUGUCGGAGAAGAACGCGCUCGAGAAGAACCUGAAGAAGCACUCGCUGUUCAUCAACGCGCUGUCGUGGAAGCGGCUGGCGGCGUCCCACGGCAAGAAGAAGCUGGACAACAACAAGAACAAGUCGGCCAACCUGGCAACGGCGGCCAGCUUCCGGACGCCACUCACCGACACGAUUCACCCGCUGCUGGACAAGAACAAGAACCUCCAGCAGUCGCAGUCGUUCACGCAGACGAUCAGCAGUCAGCAGCUGCAGCAGCAACAGCAACAACCGGCCACGAUCGUGCUGAGUCAGUCCGGAUCAGGUGGUGCUGGUCAACCGAGUUCGACCGGAGCCGGAGCGCCCUCAGUGGUUGGGCUCGGUUCGUCCGGAGUUGGUGGUCAGCACGGGCAACACCUGCUGCAUCAGCAACAUGGCCAGCUGGUGGUGGCACAGCAACACCAGCAGCAGCAAGCGGUCUAUUUUACGCCACGUGGCCCCAAGGCGCUGCUGGCGUUGGAUCUUGUGCGGGCGAACAACACGAACCCGUUGUCGCAACCGGACAAGCUGGCACAGAAGUUGCCGCUGCAGCUGCCCAUGCCGUUGCAGCCGAUCGUUAACCAGCAGCAGCACUUGCCGCAUCAGCAGCAGGGCGUUUCGAUGCCGCAGCAGUUGCAUCACGGGCACGGGCCACGGAAAACCGUUAUUCAGGCGUCCACCUCGGAGCUGCUGAAGUGCUUAGGAAUGUUCCUGCACGAUCGAUGCCGUAAGCUGCGCGACUUCCAAGCCGGUGACGCUGUGAUGUGGCUCCGAGCCGUCGACAGAAGUUUACUGCUGCAAGGAUGGCAGGAUGUUGCCUUCAUCAACCCAGCGAACGUGGUGUUCGUCUACAUGCUCGUCCGCGAGCUGGUCGACGGCGAGGAGACGAAGGAAGCGGAACUGCAAGCCGCCGUCCUGACCUGCCUGUACCUUUCCUACUCGUACAUGGGAAAUGAAAUUAGCUACCCACUGAAACCGUUCCUAGUGGAGGACUCGAAGGAUAAGUUCUGGGACAGGUGUUUGCUGAUCGUGAACCGGCUGUCGUCGAACAUGCUGCGCAUCAACGCCGAACCGGGCUUCUUCACGGAGAUCUUCACCGAGCUGAAGGCGUGCGGUAUGAACUCGAGCGCGAACGCCGGCGGUAACCUGCCGUGCGGUGCGGCUUGACGCUCCCGCCAUCCACGCGAGGUCGUGGUCCGGCUCUCGAUUGCCGGCCAGCAGCAGAAGUACCAGCACGCGACCAGCACCCUGCAGGAGCUGACCAGUGUCGUCUGAUGAUCGAACGUUUCGAGCAAGGGCCGGUUCACCGAGGUCAGCCGGUCCGCGGUAGUCAACACCUGUCACCGGGGCUAACCAACGUCCUUUUUGUCGAAACGCCCAAGGCCAAGGACGAACGGCGAUCGGUGCGUUCCUCGUAUACCGUAUGUCAUCAGUGAAACUACACAACCAAGCAAACAAAAAAAAAAGGAAUCGAAAAUUGGAAGGAGAGCGAACAAAAAAAGCAAAACUUACACAAACACAUGCAAGAUAUUCGUUUAUCCUUUUUGUGAGGAUAAUUGUUUAUAGUUUUGGCGACUCAUCGACCCAUGUAAAACGCGUUUGGUGUCACGCGAUUGCGCUGGAUAGCAAUGGCGUGGACGCAGCAUGCGUGAAGGAAAGCGUGCAGGACAUUGUGGCUCGUCCGUCUAAGAAAGUGUUUACCUUAAGUAGGAUUUCCUCAAAGAGGGGCGUAACGGUUUUAAGGAUAAAUUUCACAACUCACACCAAAAAGGGAGCAAAUGUACUGGGUUGAAGCAAA